UGCUGUCGUAGGCAGGAGUGAGUCGAUUUUUAAACGGUCACUAUUAUCUAGAGCGCACAGUUGGAGGCAUUUUCCUCUUUCUGUCAGUAAUCUGGUCGGGGUUCAGCGUGGUAGUCCGGACGGAGAUUGGUCAGGUUGCUGGGAGUGUUGGUGGAUGGUGGGUGGGGGUCGACGUUCCAAGUGAAGUGAGUGAGGGGCUGGACCCUGCUAAUCCCUCCUAACACAUUAAUUAUCUUCGGGCAAUAUCGUGUUGCUGCCGUGUUGUGAAGUUGCUUGGGCGUUAAGCUACGGAGGACUACAAUGCAACGAUAAAGGGUCCCUUAGGGGUGUCUCCUCAAUGUUAAUCCCCCUCUCUCUCUCUCUCCCUCUCUCUCUCUCUCUUGCUCUCUGUCUCUCUCGCUCCCUCGCUCUCACUGAGAGCUCCUCUCUCAUCCAUCAACACAAGCACCUCUCCACUGUCACCAGACAAGCAUUCAAUUAGUGGCUAUUUAGCAUUCCGAUAGCUGCAAGAAUUAUUGGCUCUUUUCUUUUUGACAUAUUUUUGGCACGUUUUCCAGCUAUUUUUUCAGGAUGAUGUUUUUUCGAGAGCAUCAAGCGUUGACGGUUGGCAGUAAACCCCUUUGAGUGGGUUAAUAUUUCACGGGCACCGGCGGAGUGGAGCGACGAGGAGGAGAGAGAAGCACAAACCGACUGAGCUGCUCUCAUCCUCCCUUCCUUCCCUCCCGCAGGGUGGAGAAGGGAGACCAGUUGCGGUAGAAAAUGAAUGCCAUGACAACGGUGCCCAGCUACACCCCGUCACUGUGGGUGAGAUUGUGCCAUGCCCUCCCCCGGCUGGACCUCACCAUGGAGAUGAAGGACAACGUCUUUGUCCCAGACAGCUGGGAGUACCAGCAGACUCUGCUGGUUUUGUCCAGUUUAUCAGCCAUCGCUCUGGUCAUCUCCCUCCUGGUGGUCCUCUCUUUCCUCAUACACUACUGCUGCUGUCACCGCGGUGACCGGAGCGAGGGAUCAGAGGAGGAGGAGGAGGAUGAAGAUGCCAGCACAGGUCACGGUUACAGCGGGAAGAAGGGGCGGGGCAUCUGCUGCGUCACGUGGGUGGCGGUGGCGUCCGUCACGCUGUGCUGUGUUGCCAUAGGCAUUGGUUUCUAUGGCAACAGCGAGGCUAAUGAUGGGAUGUAUCAGUUGACCUCGUCUCUUCUCACGGCCAAUUAUACGCUAGCUUCCAUCGAUCUGCUGAUUUCCGACACAGUUUCUGGGCUGCAGCUGUCCGUCUCGGGCCCCCUGACCUCCAUGGAGGAGCUCUUCACCGGCAGCAAACCCUUCCUGGCGUCGACGCGGAACUGCCGCAGGUUGUCGGAGAACGUGAUCAACCUCCUCUCCUCCAUCUCCAUGGUCCGGUCAAGCGCGGACGCAGGCCUGGCCAAUGACAGCGUCGGCGGGGCGUCCAUCACGCCUCUAACCCCAGUACCCCCCUCCGUGGCCCCCACAGUGGUGCCUGCCGGCGGCCUGAUGCCCAGCCCCUUCUCACCUGGCUGGGCGGCCAACACGCUCAUGGUCAACGAGGACUACAGGUGGUUGUCGUACGUGUUGUUGCUCCUGCUGGACCUCAUCGUGUGUCUGUUCAUCCUGCUGGGACUGGCCAAGCAGGCCCGCUGGCUGCUCAUCCUGAUGACCGUGCUGGCGUGGCUGGCUCUCUUCCUGAGCUGGGGCUCCCUGGGCCUGGAGACAGCCACUGUGGUGGCCCUCAGCGACUUCUGCUCGGAUACAAACACGUUUGUGGUCAACUCCACCCACUUCAACACUGGGACCAGCUCAGACGUGCUGGACUAUUACCUGACCUGCAGCCGGCGCAUGAACAGUCCGUUCCAGCAGCUGCUGACCCAAUCGCAGAGGGCACUGUCAAACAUUCACACGCACCUCUCCAGCCUGGACAGAAACGCUCUCACACAGUUCCCCAAAGCUGAGAAGUCCCUCAGGGAGGUUCAGCAGAUACUCAACUCCACGGAGGGAAACUUCCAUCAAUUGGUGGCGCUGCUGAACUGCAGAGGUCUGAAUAAGGACUACAUUGACUCUUUGAAAGGCCUGUGCUACGAUGGCAUGGAGGGAUUGCUCUACCUCUCCCUGUACUCUUUCCUCUCCGCCCUGGCCUUCACCGCCAUCCUCUGCUCUCUGCCCGGCGCCUGGAGGAGCUUCCCCAGCGAAUCAGAGGAGUACGAAGACUCGGACAGCGAGAGUGAGGACCCCUUCACCUCCCAUCAGGCACGUAGACAGACGGCCUCGGGGUCUCAGCGAGGGGCCAUGGCCCCCUUCUAUAAUUACCCGGGGGCCGGGUGGACACCCCCGUUUUCUAGCGCACCGCCCCUUCCGACUCCAAACGUUUCCUCCAAUGGCAACCCUGGCUAUGAGAGCCUACCCCUGACUGACAGGCAGUCCCCACCCCCCUCUUACUCUCCCAGCAUGCUGACUGGUUACGGCGGAGGUCAAUCACACCCCAACCCCGCCCAUUCGAGGAACCUGUACUCACGUUGAUUAUUAUUUUUUUGUUAGGAAUUGUAUAGAAAAAAAAAUAUGUUUAGUUUUCAUAUGAAUGGACACUUUACCUAAAUGAAAAAGAAACUAAUCGAAAUAAAAGGAAAGCUAGGUGUGAAUUCAAAGUGCGUAUCGUCAGUAGCACUGAAUAUUAUUGUUAGCACUUAAAAGAAACAGGUCGAAACGGACUGUUGAUAUAACCGACAAUGGAAAUGCCGGUAGGGUGGUUGUACAGAUACGAACCAAGUCGACUUGGUCUACAUCGUUUCCCCUCGUCUGUCCAAACUGUGUAAACUGUGAACAGUGGUGAGGAAAACCAGAAUGGUAUUGACGUUGCUACGUUGUAGUUUUAUAUUCUUAAAUGUAUCAGUACCACCCAUUUAUUUUUAAGUUUUUAUAUGAAUAUUGUUGUAGAAAAACACUGGCACGUAGCAACACGACACGUUUUUUUUCUGUGAAUGGUUAAUGCAGUUCCUUCACUUGGUAUGUUUUUUUUAAUUAUUACUUUUUUUUAUAGGUGGCAAUUCUGUAUUUUCCUUGUAUUACCACAUGGUAUUCUGUAUAUCUCACUGUCUAUAAUAUCUGAAUAAUCAUGAACAUGUGCUCUUUAAAAAAAAAAGACUUGAGGGCUACAAAGACCCUGUUUUAAUGAUUUAAUUGAAAACUUCUACUGCCACUUGAGUCUUGAGUGGAGAACUACAAACCCCAUGCAAUGACAGCAGGUACAUAGCAAUAUGAUUCUUGCUACUGGUGCUGCAGUAGCUCUACCGUAACUAGCAAUAAUAACCAUGUAUAGCACUGGGUUUAUGAGAUCUCUACAAGAUGUUUUGUGUAUAUAUGGUCUGGUAUGUUGGAGAUUUGAUUAACCCCCCCCCUUCGUCCUUGCCAACUGCCCUUGUUAACCCCUUGAAUUGAGUUUGUAUGGUUAUCAAUGCUCCUUUCGAAUGGCAUCCUUUUACACUCAAGAGUCUAAUAUAAAUAAAAAUUAAUUCAAUAACCUUCA